UGUGCUUGGCAUUGGCAUUGGAAAUGUGCGAGAUCGCAAAUUCAUGUUAGUCAAUGAUAAUAAUGAAAUGAUAACCGCUAGAGGUUAUCCGCACAUGGUAAAAAUUCAGCCAAAGGCGCUGCCUAAUGGGUUGGUGUUCAGUGCACCUGGAAUGCCCGACUUGGAACUGGAUUUUCGUCACCUGGAAUCGCCCUCUAAGGACGUUCGCACCUCCGUUUGGGGCGUGGCAAUAGACGUGAUGUUGUGCGGCAGCCGCUUUGACAAAUGGUUCUCACAGUUCAUUCUUAAAGAGGAUUCGGGCCUAAAGCUCGUAUACUAUCCAUAUCCAGGACCAGUGCGUGCCACCAAUCCACGGCUUAGGCACAUGCCUUAUAUAAAACAGGCCGAUUCUGGCACACUCAAUGAUGCAACUAGCUAUAUGCUCAUGAAUUUAGCUUCAGUGGAUGAUUU